AACGCAACCUGGGGGCUGGUCAUGUGGAACUGCAGGCAUGUUAGCUUUUCUCCAGUUAUACCUCCUUGUACCUCAGACAUGAUGCAUACAGGCUUCAGAUAGUGGAUGAGCUUAGGGAGAAAGGUGGGAGGACUCCUGGGGAUGCACUCAGAUUGUUAAGGGGAGAAGAAUCAGUAGCAGGAGAAAUCUGGAGUGACUUAUUGUGCACACUAGAUAAUAAAGAUGAUCGUAAAAGGAAACGGAUACUAGAAGACUGACCAGGUGAACCAAUUGUAAAACUGGAACCAGUUCUUUAGCAGUCUGGGUCUCCUUAAACUUACUACAGCCUGAGUUUAUACUACGAAUCUUGCUUGCCUUAAUGACAGUUUCAUAUCCAGCUGCAUCCUUCUAAAAGUAAAGCUGUUUGUCUCUGAAGAGCAGUCAUGAAACUUCUGCCUGUGACUUCGCCCUUAAGAGACUUAUACUGUAAGAAUGUUUUUUGCCCUGCGCUGUCUCCAGGGGAAGAGAGAAGGCUCAGGGUGGUCUUAUCAAUAUGUAUAAAUACCUGAUGGAAGGGAAUAAAGAAGAGGGAGCCUGACUCUUCUCAAUAGUGACUGCUGACAGGACAAGAGGUAUGGCUUAAAACAGGAGAUUCCACCUGAACACACACAAACAAACAAAAAAAUAAGGGUGGUCAAACACUGGAACAGGGUACCCAGAAAGAUUGUGGAGUCUCCAUCAGGAGAUAUUAAAAACCUGACUGGACAUGUCCUGUGCAACCUGCUCUUUCUGAUAUUGCUUGAACCAGCGGACUUGGACUAGAUGACCUCAAGAUGUCUCUUUCAACAUAAAUGAUUCUGUGAUUCUGUGAUCCCAUCAGGAAGCAAAGUGGGCAUUACUGGACUCUCAGCAGAACACAGAUCCCUUAGCAAUGGCUGGGCUUUGUGCGUGCUCAUGCUUCUUACUACGCUGCUUAGAAUUGUCUUUGUCCUUACCACUGUUUAUCUGCUUCAGUCGCCUGUUACUUCAUCCCAUGUACAAACUAAUUUCUUUAGAGUAAGAAUUAUCUGUGUUGCAUGCAUGAACAAAUCUUAAGAGCAGGCCUUGUUCUAUUCUCAGUACUACAUCUCUUGAAUCAUAGUAAAAAAUGACGACUCAGAGGGCAGUGUGUUAUCUCUGAAACCACUUCCUACUCCAUCUAGGUGCCUCUUAGAUAUCUUCCACUCAAGCACUGAUUCAUUUUGUUUGUAACAUGAAUGCUGCUGAACUUGCAGCUAUUAUGGCUUGGCUGUCAGCCAGCAUAUCACUUUCUUGUUUUAGGAGGUUUCUGUCUGGAGCAAAAGUGGUAAUAGGAACUUGGAAUGAGGUUAAUACAUUUUACCAGACUCCUUAUAAAGCCUGUCAAGAACAGGGUUGAUAUGAGCGGUGGGAAGAGUCUUGGAUUGCUCAGAAUGUACAACUGGUAGAGUGCAAUUGUCUGCACAUCUGGUUCCAGUUCUCAGUCUGCAGUGCAUAGGAAUGUGAAGAGCUCUCUGGCAGUUCUUCUGGACUUCUUCCAGAUGAUAUACUGCCAAGCAGAUUUUUCUUACCCAAAGGUUUUGCUUAUAACAGCAAAGUUCUGAUAAUAUUCCAUCUUGUCAUUACCACUUGUGCUGCUCCCCAGGCAGGUCUGGUGGGAUCACUGGUAUUUUAAAAAGUGCAUCUUCACAAUUUACAAGGAAAGCUCAGGUUAGGUUUUUGCAGGUGCCUGUGUAAUUGGUCCCAGAACUGAAGACUUGCAGUAGAUACUUGCAUUUGCUGUUUGUCAUCAUGACCUGAUGGUUAGGAAACUCUCUAAUCUAGGGAAGGAAGCCAUGCAGCAAAGAGGGAGCCUGGAAGCUUUCCUUUAAGCAUGAAAAUUCUUUACCCUUAAUUUUUGUAACUGAAAUGUUUCUGCAAAUUGUCCUUAAACUGAUUUCUGAGUACCUCUUUAGGAACUGAGACAAAGGAAGUGUGAAUUUCAGAGGGAGAGUUUUUGAGAUAGAGGAGGCCCAGGGCUUUCUAUCUGGGUGUAUAACUACAUAUAGAAAAUUUUGACAUGCUAAUUGAAGGAACCUCUUAUAGAUGACAGAUUCUUCUGGGCAACCCACAGUAUGCUCCCUGCUGCCAUAUCUCCUGAUAUUGAAGUAUCAUUAGAUGUCCAAUGUUCUUUGACUACGCUAGUGCCUUUCUCUCCGCUAAUGAUGUUUUGUAGGGGAGCCAUCCAUGAGUUGUGCCAUGGUAAAGAUGAACACUUGCAUCCCAACUUGAUGCUUGCUUUGUGGAAAUGGCUAAUGCAUUUGCCCAGAAGCACCUGAGGUCUAUAAUCCUGAAUCAUGUGAUCAGAGGAAACCGUCCAAUUAAAACAGAAAUGGCACAUCAGCUGUAUGUGCUGCAGGUCCUGACCUUUAAUCUCCUGGAAGAGAGAAUGAUGACUAAGAUGGAUCCCAAUGACCAGGCACAGAGAGACAUCAUUUUUGAGUUGAGAAGAAUUGCAUUUGACGCAGAGUCUGACAGCAACACCGUCCCUGGCAGUGGAACAGAAAAACGCAAAGCCAUGUACACCAAGGACUACAAGAUGCUGGGAUUCACUAAUCACAUCAACCCAGCCAUGGAUUUUACUCAGACUCCUCCAGGGAUGCUGGCAUUGGACAACAUGCUCUACUUGGCCAAAUUUCAUCAGGACACCUACAUCAGAAUUGUUCUGGAGAACAGCAGUCGAGAAGAUAAGCACGAAUGUCCCUUUGGGCGCAGUGCCAUUGAGCUUACCAGGAUGCUUUGUGAGAUCUUGCAAGUUGGGGAACUCCCCAAUGAAGGCCGGAAUGACUAUCAUCCCAUGUUUUUCACCCAUGACCGUGCAUUUGAGGAGCUAUUUGCCAUCUGUAUCCAGCUGUUGAACAAGACUUGGAAAGAAAUGAGGGCGACAGCAGAAGAUUUUAAUAAGGUUAUGCAGGUUGUGAGGGAACAGAUCACACGGGCUCUCCCCUCUAAACCAAACUCGUUGGACCAGUUCAAGAGCAAACUGCGCAGUCUGAGCUAUUCUGAGAUUCUGCGACUACGCCAGUCUGAGAGAAUGAGCCAAGAUGACUUCCAGUCACCACCUAUUGUGGAGCUGAGGGAGAAAAUCCAACCUGAGAUCUUGGAGCUGAUAAAGCAACAGCGCCUGAACAGGCUUUGUGAGGGAAGUAGCUUUCGCAAAAUUGGAAAUCGCAGAAGACAAGAAAGAUUUUGGUAUUGUCGCCUGGCUCUGAAUCACAAGGUGCUACAUUAUGGAGAUCUGGAAGAUAAUGCCCAGGGGGAAGUGACCUUUGAAUCUCUACAGGAAAAAAUUCCAGUUGCAGAUAUCAAAGCCAUUGUCACAGGGAAGGAUUGUCCACACAUGAAGGAGAAAAGCGCACUGAAACAGAACAAGGAAGUGUUAGAAUUGGCCUUCUCGAUAUUAUAUGAUCCUGAUGAGACCUUGAACUUCAUUGCACCUAAUAAAUAUGAGUACUGUAUCUGGAUUGAUGGGCUCAAUGCUCUCUUGGGCAAGGACAUGUCCAGCGAGCUGACUAAAAGUGACCUGGACACGUUGCUGAGCAUGGAAAUGAAGCUGAGGCUCCUGGACUUGGAGAACAUCCAGAUUCCCGAGGCGCCGCCGCCCAUCCCCAAGGAGCCGAGCAGCUACGACUUCGUGUACCACUACGGCUGAGGGAGCGGGGCCGCGGGGGGGCCGGGGCCGCGCGUUCCCUUUUGUAUGUCACAAUAACAACCGGUAGCGCCGUUCCCGCCGCCUCCGCCUCGUUCCGCGCGCGACCCGCCCCCCGCGCACGCUCCUUCCUCCCGGCCCCGCCCCGCGCAUCCUCCUCCCGCCCGGCCCCGCCCCGCGCACCCUCCUUCCCCGCAGGCACCCAGCGGCCCGGGCGGGGAGUCAAUGGCACAUGGCGGCGGCCGGCGCCCCUGUACUACGGCUUCUCCAUCGGCGUCACCUGUUACAAGUGGCUCACGAAGAUGUGGGGCAGCGCGGCGCGGGGCAGCGGCAUGCGGACGGCGGCAGUGACAGCGCCUGUCGGUCCCGCAGAGCUUUCCUUUCCCGCUGCUUGCGACGCUGCUGCACCUCCUCCUCUUCGGUCUCUCGGCGCUCGCCCGCGCCCUGGCGCGCUGCCGCUCGGGCUGGCCGCGGGCCGCGCGCUCCUGGGCCGACUGCCUCCGCCGGGCGGCCCCCGCAGUUCUGUCAGCUUCCUUGGAUAUUGGGCUGAGUAACUGGAGCUUCCUAUACGUCACUGUCUCCCUCUACACAAUGACCAAAUCCUCUGCCAUUCUCUUCAUCCUGUUUUUUUCACUGCUCUUCAAGCUGGAGGAAGUGAGGGUGGCAUUGCUGCUGGUGGUUCUGCUCAUCACUGGGGGGCUCUUCAUGUUCACCUACAAGUCCACACAGUUCAAUGCACAGGGGUUUGUGCUGGUGCUAUGUGCCUCUUACCUUGGGGGUAUUCGCUGGACUCUCAUGCAGAUACUUAUGCAGAAGGCUGAAUUGGGUAUGUAGGGUGUUAGGAAGUGUGGGGUGGUGCUGGUAACGGGGAGGGGAUUAAGGAGAUGGUAGCCCUUGCUGCAGAAACAAAGCAUCUUGUGUAAAGGGCAAGGGUUAUCUGUUGAUGGGUAGUGAAGGUGGCCUGGCAUCUGCAGCAGCACAGGCGUGGGCAUUACAAAGUACUAGGGAUGGUACUAAUAAAGGCUCUAGGCACUGUUAUACCCUGGCUUGUUGCUACCUGGUCUGUUAUUGAUUCUCCUUUCAGGGCUCCAGAACCCCAUUGAUAUCACGUUUCACCUGCAGCCGCUCAUGUUCCUGGGGCUCUUCCCACUCUUCACAGUGUUUGAGCGUGCAUGAGUUAAUGAGAGAAAGCAGGGAUAGCUUUGUAGAGUGGUUGGGGAGAUUACUUAGCAGUUCUACGAGAUGAUUCAUUUAGAUAAGUGAACAGCUAUGAACUUUGCAAAGUCGUUUGAGACCUGAAAUUAUAAGGACCUAGAUAUGCCUUAUGCUGGCAGAACAUUAAAGAGUACAUAGGAAUAGUAGCCUGCCAAACUUGUGGAAGUUAGGGCUGUAAAGAACUGGCUCCAUAUCGUCAUGAUAUUAGAAUGUGAGUAGCCCACCCCUACCUUCUUGUGUGAGGAGUCCUGGGAAUUGGGAAACAUACUCUGCUACUCACUCUCUUGUUCCUAGGCCUGCCUUUGUCCACAUCAGAGAAGCUCUUCUGUUUCCAUGAAGCAGGAAUGCUGUUCUCUCUGGUAGAGAAGCUGUUCUUGGGUGGAAUUCUUGCCUUUGGUCUAGGCUUUUCUGAGUUCCUCUUGGUUUCCAGAACAUCUAGCCUCACCCUUUCCAUUGCUGGCCUUUUUAAGGAAAUCUGCAUUUUAUUCCUCGCCACACAUUUGCUGGGAGACCGCCUCAGUCGAACUGGCUGGGCUUUGCUUUCUGCUGUCAGGAAUCUCCCUUCAUGUCAUUCUCAAAGCCAUGAAUUCCAAAGGUGAAAAAUCACUGAAGCUGUACAGAGAGGCCAGCUCUAACCCUGACCUGGAGCUGCUGCUGCGCCCCCCUGAACAUGGUGAGGAGGAGGAAGAGGAUCUUGAAACCCCGCAGCAACACUGAACAUGAAGCACAAAGCCGUCUGCUCUGUUCUUACCAAACCUGACUGACAGCGGUCUAGGAGGAAGGUACAAGAGUCUCUGUCUGUGACCACCCAAAAGAGCCAGGGCCUGAUGAGAGUGUCCUGCUGCUCUGCUGCAGCGUGGAUAUGUAGAUGCUGCACAAGAAACAGGCAAAAUCCCUUUCACAGAGAGCGAACUUGAAGACGAGUCCUGGUUCAGUGGAAGUAAAACAGUGCGGUGAGACUGGAAAAAAGCUCUAGGAAGCUUAUUGGGGAGUCCCUGAAGGCUGUGUAUUGAGAGUGUAGAUCAUGAGCUGUAGAAUGAGCGUGGACAUGUCUGGACUGCAGGCUGAGUGGUUCAGGAUGAUUCGAGUGUUGCUUGAGCUUUGGCUUCAAAAGAGAAGGUAGAUAAACCUUCCCAUACUUUCUUUAUGGUUCUGCUAAGUAGGACCUUCCAUCUUGGUGGGAGCAGAUGACUAUGUAUAAAUCUGUAGACUUGUCCUAGUGAGAAGGAGCCUUUGUGCCUCGUCACCUCCAUGUUUUUUGUGCACAGUAUGGAGUGAAUUAAAUGCUGAUAUUUGGGACCAAUUGAGCAUGGCCAAAUGGUGUUGGUUGGAGGAAGGACAGAGACAUGUGAGCACUUCUGGCCCUACAGGCUAAAGGGAGAUAGAAUAGUAUCACAGGAGAUCUAGCUUAAGCAGUAAGCUUGUCUGAAAGUAUGUGGGUGUUGGGGGGGGGGGGGGAUUUUUUUGUUUUUUAAAUAAACUGUUUUUCUGAUUC